CUGCGACGCCGACACAAACAACCAUCGACAAUUACACUCAAAUAUGUCUCAACCGAAGGCAGGCGCCCGAGUUCACACUUACCAAGGAAUUCGGUCGAAAAAAUCUUCAAAACCUGGUCAAGAUAAGAGGGAUGCGCGGGAUGGCAAAUCUGUUUUCAAAUCCGUCUUGGACGACCCUUUUCAAAUCUCCUGGCCGUUUGUACCCAACAAUGUGCAAAACAUAAUAUUUGCUGCGCUAACAGAACUAGUUCAGGAUUCUGGGGUACCUGAGUAUCACAUUAGUCGCGACAAGGCCCAUAGAAAAGGGCGAUACAAGAAGCAACGCCAACACAAGCCAGUUCGAGUUUCUAAUUCAUCGAACAAACGCAAACGUGAGGAACCAGACAUUGAAGUGGGGCGCCAGCCAAAGUUGAGGAAAAUGGAACAUGAAAUAUCAAAUGAACCGGCUCCGAACGUCGGAAUUGAAGACAGCAACGUUUCCCCGAUCCCAUCACCACCAUCACCACCAUCACUGCUAUCUCAUGUAAAGUUUGGCGUCAAUGAGGUGACAAAGCAGUUGGACGCGUACGUCCUCUCUGCUCGUAAGGAGCCUACCGACUCACGCCCAACGACCAUCUACGUGUUUGCUUGUCCAUAUGACGUCAACCCACCCUCCUUGCUCAGUCACCUUCCUAUGCUCGUCGCUGUCUGCAACGCGACAUUCCGAAGCUGGAAUAUACAAAGCAAAGUUCUACUCAUUCCUUUUCCGAAGGGCUCUGAGGUCCACCUUGCUCAUGCAAUAAAGCAGCGGCGUAUCUCAAUCAUGUCACUUAACUCUAAUGCCCAAGGGAUGGAUCGAUUAUCAGAGGCUUGUUCUCCGCUCCCCAUCCUCUCCGCUCCUUGGCUUGUAAGUCCUGAACGACUAGGAACAAAGGGUCCCAAGACACCCGGACUCUCCGAUGAGGCACGCCUGCAUGGUUCGCCGUCCGCGCCAUUGCUACCGACGUGCAUCAAACAAAUAAGAACAACAGCGCCCAAAGACAUGCGAGCUGCAAAGGAAGCACGGAUCAGAGGACGUGCAGAGGCGAAAGCUAAACGUAUUCGCGGAACCACAGGAUCUGCGAAUCGGGGUGACAUGAUUGUUAUUGCGAUGUAAUAUCAUCACUCUACAGUCUUCCCGCAUAUUCAAUUGAUAUUUUGGCUUGCUCUAGAUAUCCAUUCACCACACCAAUCCAGUCGAUGCGACCAUCGCCAAACUCCCUGAUUAAAAGCUUGGCAUAGUCUUUAUCAGAAAUGUGAUGAUCUUUUGCC